UGUAUACGUACUCGUACUACUCCGGGGGAGCAUUUCAUCAGCAAAUAAAGAGAGAAAAAAACCUCGAAAAGGCCAUCAGUUAGAUUAGGGUUUCUGGUCGGCUAGUUCAUACGGCGAGGAGCACGGGAAGGGAGGCGGAACUCGGGAGAGGAGAUGGGUGCGCCGAAGCAGAAGUGGACGUCGGAGGAGGAGGAGGCGCUGCGGCGCGGCGUGCUCAAGCACGGCGCUGGCAAGUGGCGCACCAUCCAGAAGGAUCCCGAGUUCAGCCCCGUCCUCUCCUCUCGCUCCAACAUCGACCUCAAGGACAAAUGGAGGAAUUUGAGUUUUAGUGCAAGUGGACUGGGUUCAAGGGAUAAACAAAGGGUUCCAAGGCCGAAAGCACCUUCGUCCUCCCCAUCACCUAGCCCGCAGCUUCUGCUUCUCUCAGCCCCGAAUAAUGUUGCCGAGGCUUCUCCACCAGAAGAUUGUGAAAAAAGCCCACAGGAUGACAAGACUCCGAGUCCAAAGUUGUACAGUUCCAUGAUCCUGGAAGCUCUCGGCGAACUGAAAGAGCCAAAUGGUUCAGAAGUUGCUACAAUUUGCAAUUUCAUAGAGCAAAGGCAUGAGGUGCAACCAAAUUUUAGAAGGUUGCUUUGUGCCAAAUUACGAAGGCUUAUAGGCGUGAACAAAGUUGAGAAGAUUGAUAAGUCCUAUAAGCUGACGGAUUCAUAUGCAAAAAGGGCUCUGGCUCCAAUGAAAGAUCCAUCUCUAAAGAAGAAGGAUUCAGCCAAGUCAUCCAAGGCAGCAAAGGGUCUAGGCCAGUCGAGUCCUGCACUGGACGCAGCUGAAGCUGCAGCGAUGAAAGUAGCGGACGCGGAGGCCAAAUCGCACCUCGCAAACGAGCACAUGAUGGAGGUUGAAAGGAUCGGCAAGAUGGCCGAGGAGACCGAGUCUCUCCUCGAGCUCGCCUCAGAGCUCUACGAGCGAUGUUCAAGAGGAGAGGCGCUCACAAUACUGCAAGUGGCGCACAGGGAGUUUUGAUGGUGUUGUCGACCCCGUCAGCUGCGCGCCGACAUCUGCUCUCUUGUACAUGGAUGGAUGGAAGCGUUGGCCCAGCCUGUUGUCUUCUUGUCCGCGUGUUGUCUCUGUUGUAUCAUAACUCGAAUCAAUUCGUUGGUUGUACCUGAGAGGGCAUGCCUUUCAUUGCCUAGGAAUGAUUUUGAGUUGGUGCAUUUUGGAUACUGUCCUGUGUUGAAGUCAGGGAAUAAUGUGUAUCUCGUCCUGCCGCCUUUUCCUGUAUGUACUCUAAUGCAAGUUUGGUCA